AUGGCACCUCUUGUCUGGCUUGUCACUGGCUGCUCCUCCGGAUUUGGUCGAAUCUUUGCUCAGCAAAUCCUGAGUCGUGGGGAUCAUGUCAUUGCCACAGCUCGUAGGGUCGAGACACUUGACGACCUCAGCAAAGCUGGCGCUUCUGUCAUGAAGCUGGACGUCACCGACGAUCAAGAUGACAUCGGCGACACCAUUCAAAAGGCCAUGAGCAUCCACGGUCGCAUUGACGUCCUUGUCAACAACGCUGGCUUCAUCCUAGGGGACAAACAAUUCCGUCAGGCUUUCGAGACAAACGUCUUUGGCGUUCUGAAAGUCACCAAGGCUCUGCUCCCCCAUUUCAGAGAGCGUCGCGCCGGCACCAACGUCUUCAUCAGCUCCCUCUCUGGAUUCCACGGCUACGAGUUCAACGCCGGGUACUCGGGCACCAAGUUUGCGCUCGAAGGCAUGGCUGAGAGCUUGUGGAGGGAGACGACGCACUUUGGCAUCCGGACUCUGAUAGUCGAGCCGGGCCAGUUCAGGACCGAACUCCUGUCCAGCACGAAUCUCAAGAAUGAACCGUCCAAGAUUCCAGACUAUGCCCAGCGGUCCAAGGAUUUCGAUGAGUACUUGGCCAACAGGAGCGGGCAUCAGGCUGGAGACCCCGAGAAGGGUGUCGCGAUUGUACUUGACCUUGUGCGGGGUGAGGGAGUUGCCGAGGGAAGGGAGAUGCCGCUCAGGAUUGCUCUUGGAGCGGACGGAUAUGAGGUUGUGAAGAAUAAGUGCGACGAGACGUUGAAGAUCCUGGAGGAUUGGAAGGAUGUUAGCUGCAGCACCGAUUUUGACACAUAA